UUCAUCAUCAACAGUCUCGUCCACCUCCACUUUCACAGUCCAAUACAAGAUUCCUCGUUGCGUCGCCAACCCCAUCUCUCAAAUCAUCACAAUGAAGUUCUCAAACAUUGCUGCUGUGGCCUUUAUCUGUGCCCCUACCCUGGCCACGGCGAGGUGUUUCGGAGGCAGCAACACACGCCCAGACCACGGCCUCGAAGUCAUCGAGUUCUUUUACGCCGCUGGCUGUGAGCUGCAGAUGAGUCAACUCGAGGGCGGCAAGGAGUUCAAGAAGACCGGCAAAUCAAGCGACGGCAAAUGUCUCAACGUCCUGGUCAAGAACCACGGCGAUACAAGGACCGUCUCUAGCAACCAGGCCGUCGAUGCGUGGACCCGAGAGUGGGUCGGGUGUGAGCAUGGCGGCGAGAGUAGUUAUGACGACAAGCUUGAAUAUGUGUUAGUGCCCUCCUAG